GGAGCUAAACAGGGAGGGAUCAACGGGAUUGGAACAUUUUAGCCGCCGCUGUGUCGACACUCUAACCACCUGCUUUAACAUAUUUUUUCUGACGGAGAACUCGUGAACAUAACGGAGGUGCUGGAUACCGUGAGGACGGCAUGGGGGAGCACACGGCGUUUCUGCUGUUACUGUUGGCGACCUUGACGCUUUCAUCCGAGGUGCCUGCUGAUGACUCUGUGGGUUUGCUAACAGAGCCCCAGGUGGCCAUGUUCUGUGGAAAGCUCAACAUGCACAUCAACGUGCAGAGUGGCAAAUGGGAGUCUGACCCCUCUGGCACUAGGACCUGCAUCAGCACCAAGGAGGGCAUCCUGCAGUACUGCCAAGAGGUGUACCCGGAGCUGCAGAUUACAAAUGUUGUGGAAGCUAACCAGCCCGUCAACAUCCAAAACUGGUGCAAGAAAGGCCGCAAGCAGUGUCGCAGUCACACACACAUCGUUGUGCCAUACCGCUGCUUGGUUGGGGAGUUUGUGAGUGAUGCCCUGCUUGUUCCUGACAAGUGUAAGUUCCUACACCAGGAGCGAAUGGAUCAGUGUGAGAGCCACCUGCACUGGCACACUGUAGCCAAAGAGUCCUGUGGAGACCGCUCCAUGAAUCUCCAUGACUACGGGAUGCUGUUGCCAUGUGGCAUCGACCGUUUCCGAGGGGUGGAGUUUGUCUGCUGUCCAGCAGAGGCUGAAAGAGAGACAGACAGUACGGAUCUAGAAGGGGAGGAGUCAGACGUCUGGUGGGGGGGAGCUGAGACUGAAUACUCAGAUAACAGCAUGUCGCGUCCAGCAGACACAGAGCCUGCCACCACUGAAGAUGAUGAAGAUGAGGAUGAACAGGCAGACGCCUUUGAAAGGGAUGAGAACGGAGAUGGAGAAGAUGACAAGGGGGACGAAGAAGACGACGACGUGACCGAUGAACAUGAUAGUGAUGAGCGCAGUACUAACAUUGCUAUGACGACCACUACCACCACCACCACUGAAUCAGUUGAAGAGGUCGUUCGAGCUGUGUGUUGGGCUCGUGCUGAGACGGGCCCAUGUCGUGCCAUUCUGGAGCGUUGGUACUUUGUGCCUGAGAAGGGCCGCUGUGCUCCCUUCUUGUUUGGGGGCUGUGGGGGCAACAGGAAUAACUUUGAAUCAGAGGAGUACUGCCUAGCUGUCUGCAGCAGUUCGAUACCCACCAUAGCCCCCAGCCCUCCGGACGCAGUGGAUCGGUACCUUGAAUCUCCUGGGGACGACAACGAACACAGUGACUUCCAGAAGGCCAAAGAAAGUCUGGAGGCCAAACACAGUGAAAAGAUGUCCCAGGUGAUGAGGGAGUGGGAAGAGGCUGAGAGAAAGGCCAAGAACCUUCCUCGUGCUGACAAGAAAGCUGUCAUCCAGCACUUCCAGGACAAGGUGGAGGCCCUGGAGCAGGAGGCAGCAGGGGAGAGGCAGCAGCUGGUGGAAACCCAUAUGGCUCGAGUGGAAGCUCUGCUCAACAGCCGCCGGCGCUUGGCUCUGGAAAAUUACCUCAGUGCCCUACAGGCCAAACCACCACGGCCUCGUCAGGUGCUGAGUCUGCUGAAGAAGUACGUGUGUGCAGAGCAGAAGGACAGGCAGCACACGCUGAAACAUUACGAGCACGUCCACACAGUCGAUCCCAAGAAGGCUGCACAAAUCCGACCUCAGGUUUUGACCCAUCUUCGUGUGAUUGAUGAGAGGAUGAAUCAGUCACUGGGUCUGCUCUACAAAGUGCCCAGUGUGGCCGAUGAGAUCCAAAACCAAGUUGCGGUUAUAUUACAGAGGGUUCAGUCGGAGCUGUCUCAGCAAGUCUCUUCCCUGCAGAGUGACGGGCGGGUGGAUGGCAGGGUGAGUUAUGGUAAUGACGCUCUGAUGCCUGAUCAGACCUUCAGCUCUGCUCCUAUGGACCCUGGCCUGGAUGGACUUGGCUUCAUCCACCCUGAGAGCUUCAACCAGGCCAACACAGAGAACCACGUCGAGCCUGUUGAUGCUCGUCCAAUUCCAGAUAGAGGGUUGCCCACACGGCCUGUAUCUGCUCUGAAACCAGAGGAGAUGCCAAAAGUGCGGAUGGAGACCGAAGAGAAGCAAAAUGCUGGUUAUGAAGUUUACCAUCAAAAACUGGUGUUUUUUGCUGAGGAUGUGGGGUCCAAUAAAGGUGCCAUCAUUGGACUUAUGGUUGGAGGAGUUGUCAUAGCAACUGUGAUUGUCAUUACCCUCGUGAUGCUGAGGAAGAAACAGUACACUUCUAUUCAUCACGGUGUAAUCGAGGUGGAUGCAGCAGUGACCCCAGAGGAGCGUCACCUGGCCAAGAUGCAGCAGAAUGGCUAUGAGAAUCCCACCUACAAAUUCUUCGAGCAGAUGCAUAACUAAAGACCUGCUCGCCAACAUUUUCUUCAGGUGUAUCCCAUCACGCACUCCCACUCAGAGGCUCUGUUCCAUUCUGCUCCCUUGCCCUCAGCCCCUACACUUUCAGUUUCUCACCCUGUUAAGGGAGGAGGAUAGGUGUGCAGAUUAAUGCAAAGGCAGAUUUUUAUCUUGCUUGAAAGUUGGGAAAAGAUAAGUGAAAACUUUGUAACAAUGCAUGUCUCAGUGAGGGGCUUGGACCAAAGGAAACUGACAUGGAACAAAGCCUCCUUAACCCCUGAUCCCUUGAUUGUACAGAGCCACACUAGAGCUUACAUUUACCUUCCAAUUGGUUAGACAAGGGUACCCCAUUUCACUUGGACAGUUCAGCCAGUCACAACAAAAACAUCAUAGGGUUUGUACUGAAAAACCAACACCCUGUUGACAACUGUCAUGAAGUUACUGCACUACCGCGCUCGCAGCUGAGACCACUUUGACGAGACCUUGUUCUGUUUUCCUCAAACUGUCCCACACAGCCCUGCCCUCAGAUGACAGCUGUGCUGUGUUUGAUUAUAUGACAGCUCUUAGAGCUGGUGAUGUGAGAAGGGGCUCUUAAAGCGCUACCCUGCACAAUUAAAGCCCGAGUGUUUCAGGUUCAUUUUUCAAAAAAGAAUUAAAAAAAAUGCUGAAAAACAUACAUAAUCAGACGUGUAAAAGUUGAAAAAUAUUGUAUGUUUUGUUCUGAUUUUUUAUGUGUAAUAUAUUAAGACAGAGAUUAGCUGUAAGUAUAUGUAGUGCAUGGCAGUAUUGAUGACAGAUACAGUAUACUGUGUGUUGAGGUCCUGGGGAGUGGUCCUCUUACUAGAUUAUUUUAGCGGGAUUGUACAUUUCUAGUGUCUUCUUUGUGAUCUCGUGAUAUGAAGAAGAAAGAGUACUCAGAAUCUGGUCUGCUUUGUUGUCACACAGACUUGCUUUAACUGAAUCUUGGCUCUUCAUGCUCAUCUCCAUGCUUCACUGUUGUGUGAGCUGCAUGGACAAGAUGCUCUAUAUGUAAUAUAUGAAGUGUAAUAGUAUCUGAAAGGAAGAUGAUUGUGUUACUGUUUGCGUUCUAUGCACUCUGUCAUUUUGGAAGUUUAUUACCCUGAUAUUAUCGCUGUUAAGUCCCUGAAGCCAAUUCACACUGUUGCUGCACAAUGGGUUUUUUCGUAGAUUGAAGAUGAAGGGAGGUUUUGUCAUUCCAGAUGUAUCAUUCCACUCUCUCAUUUUACUGUAAAUAUAUGGAAGGAGAUCAGACUGUCAGUGGCCCAGCUUCAUUACCAACCAUCACCUCUCUGUCGUUUAUGUUUCAGUCUCUUUCCUAACCCCUAUUUCUCAUGUUUAUCCUCUCUUUCUAGUUGUGUCAGCAGUAUUUUACAAUGCAGUGCUCGUGUCAGCCCGUGUGUGUAUUUGAUAAACAGGUCUUGUUGGGCCUACAAAGAUCAAAGCAGUUUUCUAGAUUGUCCAGUCUCAUCUCCACACCCAUAUUUUUCUACAUGUUCUCUGUAUACAUGUACAGUGCUUCUGUUUGUCUUUACUUGCAUAUCUGUUGUCAAGUCUCUGAAUAGGCCUUGCAAAGAGGUGAAGAAGUGCAACACUAGGAGGACGACUGCAUGGAGACACAUUUUCUUCUCCCUUAAGUUAUUAAAGCCACCUGUAAACAUGAAUGUGACAUGCAUAUUGUGCAUUUAUGCCACAGAAAUACAACACACCCACUUCUACACAUUGUUACCCACAUGUACAGAAAUGCUGACUGAUGCUCUUAAUCAGGGGAAUGUCAAAUCUGUUUUGAUGCUCUCUGAGCGUCUUUGAAGGCUAGUGAUAAAAAAAAAAAUGCUUUUUUCCCUC